GGCUGUGAAGUUAAGGGACUCAUUCAACAGGAGCGAGCGGGUCACGCGACAUCGAACGAGCGUUCCUCGGGACUUUUGUGAAUUAUUAUCAUAAGUUGGAGGCGGAAUUUCUCCGUGGCAGCUCUCAACACUUUUCUUGUGAACUACGGAAACGCUGAGAUGAAGUCGAGCGGAGUAAAUGUGUGACGGGAGACGACGGAGGCCGAGACAGUUGAGCGGAUUGCAAACAGGAAAUCAUCCCGGAGCGAGAGCAGGUCGGUCGGGGGGAGGAGGAGGAGGAGGAGGAGGAAGACGCCGGGGCACCGGAGGUCGUUCAUACAAAACUGACAACUUUGUUCAGCGUUUUGAUGCGGCCGAGUUGGAGUGGAGACGUCGUCCCCCGCAAAUGACGUGGAAUAGCACGAUGAGCAGUGGCUACAGCAGCUUGGAGGAGGACUCCGAAGAGUACUUCUUCACGGCCAGGACGUCUUUCUUCAGGAAGCCUCUGGGCAAAGUCAACGAGUCGAGCAAGGAUGUACACAAGGAGAGAGAGUUGCGGACGGAGUUCAGCCGGGAGGAGAUCAGGCAGAAGGUGGAGCAGUACAACUGUCUGACCAAAGACCACCUGAAGAUGACACUGGGCUCCUCCGGUGUGUACACGGGCUUCGUCAAAGUGCAGAUGGACCUGCGGAGGCCCGUGACGGUGCGGGGGGGUCGGAGGGGAGCGGGGGGACCCGUGGUGGAGGAGGCCUUCUAUCUGCCCCGCGGAGUCGUCAACACCCUCCACAUCAGCUCCAAUAACACAGUCAGACAGGUGAUCAUGGCCCUUUUAAACAAGUUCAUGGUCGCAGACAACCCGGCCAAAUACGCCCUGUACAAACGCUACCGCAGGGAGGAACAAGUGUACGUGUGUAAGCUGGCGGAUGGCGAGCAGCCGUUGUUUCUUCGUCUGGUGGCAGGACCCAACGAUGACACGCUCAGCUUCGUCCUGAGGGAACAACAGACCGGAGAAGUCAUGUGGGAUGCCUUCUCCAUCCCCGAGCUGCGCAACUUCCUGCGGAUCCUCGACAAGGAGGAGGAGGAGCAGCGGGAGGCGGUGGUUCGCCGCUACGACGCAUACCGCCAGAGACUGCAGGAGGCGCUGCGGGACGUCCGGGUGCCUUCCUAGGGAAUUAACCUCCGCGGAACAGGACUACUGCCCCCUAGUGGGACGGAGGAGGUGAUUUAUUCUUUCUUUUUUUAAACGGUGUAAAUGUCGAGGGAGAGACGGAUGUGAACGCAGAACGGAUCCGGCGUAUGUACGGAUGGACAGAGGGACGAUAAAAGACGACAAGAGGACAGAAAAAAAACUGAUCUACAGCGAUUGAAGGACAAAAAUGACGAACGGACGAAGAGCAGACGGACGUUGUCGGAGUUUGUUUCAGCCGGGGGGUUUUUUCCAGACUGCAAACUUCUGCCUGCUCUGCAAACACCAAAGAUUCAAUGAUUAGUGCCAUAUUCAUAUUUCAUAUUCUUCCCAUCUCUCCGUCCGUCCCUCUCUCGUUCGUCGUCUUCUCUCACUUUGUCCUGCUGUCUCAUAAUUUAUGCUGAUUCCUCUUCAUUUCCCCCAUUUUUUUAAAAAAAUUCAUUCUUCUGAAUUUCUGAAAGGCCAUAUGUUGAGUUUUAUUUAAUGAUGUUUGUUUUUAAAGGUCUGUACAUAUUUUUUUUCUUCUUAAUUUAUAUGGGUGAAGCUUUUUUAUUUGUUUUUGGGGUUCGUAUUUUUUUUUUUUAAACAAAGUCUUAUUCUAGUUUUUAUUCUACAGAAGCGGAGCAACAAUUUGUUUGCUGACACAGACACAGAGAGAAUAGUUCAUCCAGACAAAAACAAUGUCAUAUCACAAACAUAAACAGAAUCUGUUUCUAUACUUAUAUGAAGGGAAUUAUAGAAAAUAAUAGGGAAUAACCUGGAAGUAAAUCUUAAUUGAGAAAAAGGACGGGUAGCCGUUAUUAUUAUUAUUCUGAUUCCAUAGAGUUUUGGCCUGAACCUGGAUGUUGUAGACGAAGGUACAGAAAAAAAGAUUUGUUUUGCUGAAACAUAAUGAAACAGGAAGUGUUUGUGAUAAAGAGAAAGAAUAUGAUAGUAGUGUCUCAGAUGAGAAGCUUGUCAAAGCAGGAAGUAGAUGAAGAUGUUUGGUUGCAGUCUGACGUGAUUUUUGGAUGGAUGUGACCUCUGACCUCGGACACUGUGCGGUCAGAGGAGGGAGCGGACGACGACGACGACGACGAUGACGAUUGGCCGGUUUCUAGAAAGUUGACUGAGCGGUUUGGAGGAAGUAGAAAACAGACGUUAGACACGGCGGAAGGAAGGAAGGAAGAAGAAAAAGAGAAGAGGUUUAGUUUUGUUUCGAAAGAACAAAGAGGAGUCGAUACACGGGAAGCUCGAGAACAACGACGACGACGACGGUGGCGACGUUUUUUCUCAAAGCACAAGUCGCCGUUAAUGACCACGACCGAGGGAACAGCAGGUCUGCGAGUGCAGAUAAAAAAUGGCCGCUUUGUCCUGCUCUUGUGCGUUGCGGUGGGGUUUUUUUGUUCUCUUAUCUCAAGUUGAAACGUGCGGCCGUGACCCCGUGCCGACGCUUUUAUUUUUCCUGUUGGAUCAAAAGGAAGAAUUAUUAGAGAGGAAGUUGAGACAGUCGGACGGAAGGAAGGAAUCAGAUUGGAGAUAAACGAGCAGCAGCAAGUGCAAAAGUUCAAAGAGUUGAAGUCACAAAGGCCUUUUGAUGGUGAUGCAAGUAAAAAUAUCUGCCUUAAAAAUAUAUAUAUGCAAAAUCUUCUUUGGUAUGUCAUUGUUCAUUUAUGGUGUAGAGACCAAAGAGGCUUGUUUUCAGUUUAGUUUAGUAGAAAAUGUUUGUUUUUUUCCUUUUAGAGUCUGUAAUUUAUUCUAUUAUGUGAGGAAACAGAGACGUAUGCAACGAAAAAUCACACAGACAAUCAGCCUGUUCAAAAUUAUUAUUAUGAUUGAUCAAAACUGAUGUAAAGUGAUGUUGUUCAGUCAAAGUCAAUCUGACUGUUGUACGACACCGCCGCCCAGUGGACAAACACUGCAACUAUUCUCUCAUUUCUGUGUCAAACAUAUUGAUUAUUAUAUAGAUAUUUAUUUUUUAUUUUUAUUUUUUGUUAUAACCAACCAAAGAUAUUUUUGUGGUGUUGCCUGGAGCAAAGAAUUAUAUCAGAGGCUUCUUCCCACUGGAGGGAAAACUGUAUUUAGUUUAGAGUUUUAUUUAAAGGGGUUUUAUACCUGUUAUCAAACACUGGGUUGAAAACUACGGAGGCAGAAAAGGGCCAAGAAGAUUUGAAUCUUUCAAGUAGUUGAAUAGUCACAAUUAAAGGAGCAUGCAACAAUUUUAUGAGAGAUGCAUUUUGGCAUCAGAGAGGAAGAAAUGGUUAAGUUGCAUUAUGGUAAAUGUUGGUAUCCAGAGUUUUAAUUGUUUUUUUAAAUAACUGGAUUACCCUUAAGUACAUUUUAUUCAUAGCAUUUGAACUAUUUAACUUUUCAGAAUAUCAAAGGUGAUUUAAAGUUGUUAAUUUGUAAAAUAUAUAUAUAUAUAUAUAUAUAUAUAUAUAUAUAUAUAUAUAUAUAUAUAUAUAUAUAAUAAUAAUAUUUUCAGAUGUAUACAUUUUUUUAAAAUUCUAUUAAAGUUGCUUAAUUUUAAUUGGUCAUUUUUUAAAUUUUUAAAUUAUAGUCAACUCAUACAAUAAUGUUGCUUGUAACAUUUCAUAGAACAAAUUUUAAGAUGACAAAUUAAAACUUAAUUUGGGGCCAAGAUUUUGCACAAUUUCUAAAAAAAUUAUAGUGUUGGAUGUUUUAAAAGAUUUCAAAGACACGUUUCAAACUAUUUUGGCCGCUUUUUUGCCUCCAUGUAUAAUUUUAAAUGAUACAAAAAGUCUGAAUGGAAUCAGUUAAUGAAUCUUUAAGCCAUGUUGUUGUUGUUGUUGUUGUUGUUUGAGUAAAUUAUAAACAACUUCAGCCGUGUAAACACAUCAGACCAGACGAGUCGUAUCAAUCUUUUUUUUUUUUCUUUUUUGGGGGCGGGGCACUUUAAUUUAAAAUUCAGGGAAGACGGGUUUUUGAUUUUUCUUUAUCUCCAUCUUGAUCCGUAAACCACCGCCAUCACACUUUAACAUCUGAUACGCUCUCAGCUUCAUUUGAAAGAUGUUGUUAAUAAGCUCUACUAUUAUUAUUUUUUUUUUUACAUAUUAUAUGGAAGUACAUUGUGACAGAAGUUUCUUAUUUUGAGCUCAUUUGAUUUUUUUAUGCCUCAGCGAGCUUCCGUAUGAUUUUCUCUAUUUCAGCUGUUGACUGUGAAACGUUUGUCUCUGUGCUGUACGUGCUGUACUGUACAAACCACUGGGGCUGUUCCACAUUGAAGCUUUUCACGUUAUCGUGUUCAGAUUUGGAAAGUAGUUAUAAUAUUAUUUUUCAAAAUGCUGUCAGAUCCUGCUAAGUGAUAUAAAUGAGGCUUGUUGAUCAACGUAUCUAUGGUGAAGCUUUUUGGCCAGUAGUCCAAAAGUGUGAAGAGUGUUCAUGUACAGUAUGUCGCCUGUUAUGUAUUCAGAGAUCAUUCAAAAUUCUUCUCAUUCAAAUUUCUAAAAAUAUUAUUCUCAUUUUUUUUCUAAUUGUGUUCAAUUUCACGAUGUCGACACUUUUACUUAAAAAAUCACAGAUGCUCCUCAUAUGUCAAAUGAAUGUAACAUUUUCCAGAUUUUCCAGAUUUGUCUUAAAUGUUCUUUAAACUGAAUAUUUUUUUGAGUAUGAGGAUUUAAAGAUGUGUGUUUUUGGCGCAGGGAAAUGAUUUGUUUUUGGUUUUUUUUUUAAAUUGAUUCAUCAAUUGUUAAUUUCAGCCCUAAGAACCUUAAGUCAUUAAAUGAGUUGGUUGCUCCGAUGUGUUGAGCAAAAAAUGGGAAAUAUUUACUGUCUCCAAAUGUUUUAUUCAUUAUUUUGUGUUUGGCUGAAAGGUUUUUUUAAACAAACCGGUAAAUGUCUUGUAAAAUUAGAUGAACUUCAUGACAAUAUUGCAUCCUACGAUGUGUUUUAUUAUUUUGUUUCGUCAAUGCAACAGGAUCAGUCCAAGUUUAUUAACGUCUACUUUCUGAUUUAUUACGUUCUGGCCAACACGAUCAGUCGAUAGAUUUAUGAGUAAUUUGAUAUAAAAUUCAUCCGCAACAAUUUUGGUAUUUGAGAUGUUUCUGGAUUUUCUUCUGAUGUGGUUCACGUCGUGUGUCGAUGUUCCCGAGCUCUCAGUCGUUUAUUUUCAUGAUCUUCAUCAGUGUCGUCGUCUUCAGAAUCAAAGAGAGGAUGAAAAGACAAAUCCUCUUAAUCCAAUCCACUAAUCUGACCACUCCAGAUUACAGUUAGCAAAAAGAUUUAUUUAUAUAAAGAUUCAAUUUGAGCUUGGUGUUAAACGUCCCGCUCUGUGGCCUUUAAAAAAAAAAAAAAAAAAAAAAAGCGGUUUCAUCUGAUGUCUCAUUUUGUCGCAGGCGAACAGAUUAAAAACUGCGGCAGGUUUUUAUAUUUUUAUUUUUCUCUUGGAAUUGAACGUGGCCUUUUCCUCGCGCAGAGGCAGGCGUCUCAUCUUAUUAAAAGUGGAAUUAAAACACA